ACAACAACAAAGUGGGCUUGAUAUAUGUUUGGCUUGCAAAGAACGCAUUAACAAUUAACGCAAGAUAGUGAUGGUUCCGACUAAUCUGACCAUCAACGGGGAAGAUCGCGGCAACAGAUACUAUUCCUGAUACUAUUCCUGUGGUGGAAGUUCGCUGAGCUCCGCCUCUUAUGGCCAGGCCUCAAUCACCUGAUUCUGAUUCUUGUGAAAUCCAAAUAGCCAAGGCGGUGAGUCGGACAUCAAACUCUGCCGUGAAAGCACGAUGUCUCUCCUCCACGCGCCGUGCACCACCCUUCUUUUCAGCGCCAAAACCCAGAAAACGACGAUUAAACCCUUCAGUGCUCUUCCGCUUUCAUCAAUUCCAUACCCUAGAUCAAGAAACUUCUCGAUCCGACAUUCCUACUUUUCGAUCAAUAUGCCAUCCCGCCGGAAUCCUCUCUCUGCCGUACCGGACGAAGUAAAUAGCUCCCCCGAUGAUGAGCCGUCUGCUUUUGUGGAUGAGUGGGGCGAGAGGUCGGAGCCGGAGGCCCAACCGACCACGAAAUUUUCGGACUCCGAUCCUCCCAUGCAUGAAGAUGAGUGGGAAGGAGAUGAAUUGGGGGGAAAUGAGACUCCGGCACAGGGGUUUGGUGAAGAGGACAAGCUUUCGGACCUGAAGAGAUGUCUGGUGGACACAGUUUAUGGCACAGAUUUUGGCUUUCGGGCCUCAGGGGAGACACAGGCUGAGGCUCUAGAAAUUGUUUCGCAACUAGAGGCUGCCAAUCCCACCCCAGCCCCAACUGAAUCUCCGGAGUUACUUGACGGAAACUGGAUUUUACUGUUUACAUCAUUCUCUGAGUUAUUUCCUCUUCUUGCUGUGGGCAACAUUCCGUUGAUUAAAGUUGAAAAGAUUUCUCAGUCGAUUGAUAGUUCAAGCCUUACAAUAGAGAAUUCCACGACAUUGUCCAGUCCCGUUGCCAUGUUUUCAUUCAGCGCUACUGCAACCUUUGAGGUUCGAACCCCCUCAAGAAUUCAGGUUGAAUUUAAGGAAGGCAGCUUUAAACCUCCUGAGAUCAAGCCAAGAAUUGAUUUGCCGGAGAAUGUGGACGUGUUUGGGCAGAAGAUAAAUUUGUCUCCCCUGCAGCAAUCCCUCGGUCUUCUCGAAAAUGCAGUGGCUUGUAUAGCCCUCAGAGUUUCUGGCCAGCCUCCUCUAAAGGUCCCCAUUCCCGGCAAGAGGACAAGUUCCUGGCUCCUUACUACGUAUCUUGAUAAGGAUAUGCGGAUCUCAAGAGGCGAUGGUGGCCUUUUUGUGCUCCUUAGGGAAGGAAGUUCUCUCCUGUAUUAAUAAAAUAGAUGCCUGUUUGGCUAAAUCUUUCUCACUUUAUAAGAAAUGGACAAGUUUCCUUCUAAACUUUAAAGGCAAACUUUUCUUUUUGUUGUAUAAAUGUGGUAGAAUUUAGCAUUGCUCUUAAAAGUAUCAUGGAGUAGAUGUAUAAACAUGGGAUAUUUGCUCUAAAUGAUUAAAUAAGUUUGUUUUGA